UUGUUCCCAGUUUCCAGCAAUGGCCGCCAUUACCUGAUCAGUGCCACAGCCAGUCUCUCUGCAGCGCCCGGAGAAGUUACCAGAGUGGUCUCUCUGCUUUUCACAGCGCGGGUUUCUCAUCUGUGGCACGUGGAAAGCAUCUUCUGCCCCAGGGGCAUGGCCCGAAUGCAGAACUAACUGUGUGAAGACGUCUCUCUCAGGAUGCAUCAGGGGUGGGCCCGAGAGGGCAAGAUGUGGCUCAGAGUCCUGCUGACACUUCUGCUCUGUUCAAGCCUUGAGGGUCAAGAAAACUCUUUCACCAUCAACAGCAUCUACAUGAAGAUCCUGCCAAGGGACACGGUGCAAAAUGGGGAGAACCUGACCCUGCAGUGCAUCGUGGAUGUCAGCACCACCUCACGAGUCAAGCCUAAGCACUUGCUGCUGUUCUAUAAGGAUGAUGUGCUAUUUUACAACGUCUCCUCCAUCGAGAACACAGAGAGUUAUGUUAUUCCCCAAGCCCGAGUCUAUAACGCAGGGAUCUACAAAUGCAGUGUGAUUCUAAACAACAAGCAGAAAACCACUGCAGAGUCCCAAGUGUUGGUAAAAGGAGUGCCCCGUCCCAGAGUGACGCUGGACAAGAAGGAGACCAUAGAAGGCGGGACCGUGACGGUCAACUGUUCUGUCCCAGAGGAAAGGGCCCCAAUACAUUUCACCAUUGAAAAACACGACCUAGACACAAAAGGUUUCCGGCAAAAAAGAGAAAAAACUUCACAGAAGCAGAAUUUUGUGACGCUGGAAUUUACAGUUGAGGAACAGGACCGACUUUUAUCAUUCCAUUGUCAAGCUAGCAUCGUUUCUGGGAACCGUGUGGAGACCUCUGAAUCCAGCAAGAGUGAACUGGUCACAGUGACAGAAUCCUUCUCUAUGCCCAAAUUCAAUGUGAGCCCCCAGGGAAAGAUCACAGAAGGAGAACAGCUCCGCAUUGUGUGCACCAUUCAAGUGAGGCACUUGGCCCAAUUUCCAGAAAUCAUAAUCCAGAAGGACAAGGUGAUUGUGGCACACAGUAAUCAUGGCAGUGAGGCUGUCUACUCAGUGAUGGCCAUGAUGGAACACAACGGCAACUACACAUGCAAAGUGGAAGCCAGUCGGAUAUCCAAGGUCACCAGCAUCAUGGUCAACAUCACAGAGCUAUUUUCCAAGCCGAAGCUGGAAUCUCCCACCAUACGUCUGGACAAGGGUGGAAGCUUGGACUUGUGGUGCUCCAUUCCAGGAGCGCCUACAGCCAACUUCACCAUCCAGAAGGGACACACGGUUGUGUCUCAGUCUCAAAAUUUCACCAAGAUAGCCUCAAAGUGGGACAGCGGGACAUAUACCUGCACCGCAGGCAUCGGCAAGGUGGUCAAGAAAAGCAACACGGUCCAGAUAGCCGUGUGUGAAAUGCUCUCCAAGCCCAAGAUUUUUCGUGACUCCAAAUCUGAGGUGAUAAAAGGACAGGCCAUAGAAGUCAGUUGCCAAUCCAGUGACGGAACCUCGCCUAUUUUUUAUCAACUUUUUAAAGCAAAUAAUGUUUUGAAGAGUCAUAACAUGAGCUCAAAUGAGCCUGCGGUAUUCAAAGAUAACCCAACAAAGGAUGUCGAAUACUACUGUAUCGUGGAUAAUUGCCAUUCCCACACCAAAAUGGUCAGUGAAGUUCUGCGGGUCAAGGUGAUAGCCCCGGUGGAGGAGGUUAAGCUCUCUAUCCUGUUGACCGAGGUGGUGGAGACGGGGAAGCCCAUUGUGCUUCGAUGCUCCGUGAACAAUGCGUCUGGUCCAAUCACCUACACGUUUUACAGAGAAAAGGAGGGCAAGCCCUUCUACCAAAUCAUAUCGAAUGAGACCCAAGCCAUUUGGCAUGAGUCGCAGGCGAGUAAGGAGCAGGAGGGACAGUAUUAUUGCACAGCCUCCAACAGAGCCAACCUUGCCAAAAAGGUCCCCCAAAGCAACGCGCUCACAGUUAGAGUCUUUCUUUCCCCGUGGAAGAAAGGACUUAUUGCAGUGGUCAUCAUUGGAGUGAUAAUUGCUCUCUUGAUACUCGGGGCCAGAUGCUAUUUUCUGAAGAAAGCCAAGGCCAAGCAGAAUCCAGUGGCGAUGUCCAGGCCGGGAGCACCACUUCUGAACUCCAACAACGAGAAGAUGUUGUCAGAUCCCAAUACUGAAGCCAACAGACAUUACGGUUAUAGUGAAGAUGUUGGAAACCAUGCGAUGAAACCAAUCAAUGAAAAUAAAGAGCCUCUGACCUCGGACGUGGAGUACACGGAAGUGGAAGUGACCUCAUCUGAACCUCAUCAAGGUCUGGGAACAAAGGGCACGGAGACGGUGUACAGUGAAAUCCGGAAAGCUGACCCUGAUUUCGUGGAAAACAGAUAUUCUAGAACGGAAGGCUCCCUUGAUGGAACUUAGGACUGCAAGAGCAGAUGCUCCUCCCUGGGAAGACAUCCAUAUUCCAAGAAGAGCAGAUGAUUCCUGUGUUCCAAGAGCUCUGUGCACUUAUUUAUGAACCUGCCCUGCUCCCACUGAACAAAGCAAUUCCUCAGACCAAGUCACCAGUUUGUAAAUCCAUCUUACUACAGUUAUGCUGGAUAUAAAGAGAUGCAUAGGGGCUGGUUAAUUUCCAACACGGCCCACCUCUCACCAAGUUGGAGCAUCCUCAGGAGUGAAGAGCAGCAGAAGGAGGUUCAGAGUAAACAGGCCAUUGGGAUAUUUCGAAACUUGAAUAUUUUGUCUUGUACAGAGAUAAAGAACUUUUCCAAGCACCCUCAGACACAGAAACCUGUUUUUGUUUUGUAGUCAAUCACUUCUAGCGAAUGGCCUGGCUUAGAGGCUAGUUUUUCUCUUUGCCUUUGGUCCUUCAAAGGCCUGUGGUUCUGGGUAGUCUUUGUUUCUGGAAGUGCACAGCACUGACCAGACGGCUGCACCCUGUCCCCUCUAUGACCUCACCCACCACAAAUGGAAAAACAAAGCUGCUUGAGAGUGACCCCUUUAGAUGCCGACUUGAAGACAAGGUUCAUUCCGGGCAAUGCACAAAAUAGAAAAUGAAGUUGGACAAAGCACAGAUGUUCUUAAGCUGUUUUUCUAUACCCUCUCUUUCUUUUCCUCUACCUUACUGAAGGCUGAAAGACAGGAAUAUGGUGGCCUACAGCAAAUAUUGUUUUUAAUAGAAAAAUGAAAUGCCUAUUUUUCUUACUAAUUUUUUUUUAUUUAUUCUUUGCUAAAGAAAUGGUCUCCUGAGGUCUUAAGAUGUUUCUGAUCGUGUCUUGAGUGGGUGGACGAGGGGCUGUGGCCAUUUUGUGGUGGAAUUUCACUAGUGAGCACACCUAAGUGAAACCACUUCCCCUGUCCACCUCAGAGACACGGCUGCAGGGACCCUGUGGGGUGUUGUAUUAAAUAAAUUUGAUCUUUACUCUUCA